UUUAUACCAAUUCCCGCUGAUCGGCACACGUUGUUUACAUAAAAAGAACUUUACACACUACUAUGACCCUCUGGAUUGACAUAGUCCGUUAUACAGGUAGACAAAUUACCAUCGUCACUUGACGUCUUUGACGUGGUAUGUAUCCACCCCUGAUAGAAAGCAGUAAAUUUAGCUAAUAUUGUUUAGUGAUCAAUGAAAGUUACUUAAUACUUAUUUAAACAACCAUUUAAAGCUCACCUUCUGCAAAAAUAAUAAUUUUAAUAAAAAAGGGUUUGGAAAGGUGUCUUAAGGCUACAAUACACGGCAAGUUUAAAUGGACUGUUUAAAUGUAAGAUAAAAAAAUUACCGUGUAAACAGGAAAGAUGCACAACUUUCUUCGGUUUUAUAAGUUUUUUUUAAAGGAUGGACAUGUUCAACUUUGGCUAAGUUUUUUCUGGUUGCACUGUAAUGUUUGCGGUGCGUCAAAGCGAGUCAAAUAAAACAGGUUGGAGACCAAAUAUUUUAUCCAGUCCAGAGAAAAUGGGUGCGCGUUUGUACAGUGCUUUAACAGAAUAUUCAACUGCCAAAAAUAGGGAUUGAAUUCAACCAAAUGCAACUUUAAAGAAGCUAGUACUCAAGUGAAUGUACGCAUCUUUGAUAAAAUUACUACGUAUGUACGCAAUUGUUUUAUCUGGGGUGUGUUUAAUGAAUCUGUGUUUGUUUUUUGCUGGAUAUAUAUUUAAAAAACGCUUGUAAAUGGAAAUUUUACCACUUCCAACUUCAAUUCUUAAAACUAGAUCAAAAGAAAGACUAUUUCGUUGAAUUAUUAAUAUAUAUAUAUAUUGGAAUAUAAAGUUAUAUUGGAAGGAUCGAAAGGGUUUUACGUCUUGCUUUUAACAAGUUUUAUUGCCCGCCAUUCAGUCAACUUCUUAUACUAAUUUCCGACCGAUCAAAAAGAUAUAUCUCAUUCAUAUUGUUUUUAUUUGCUAACAUAUGCAAUAUCAAUAACCAUUAAGUGUAAGUAUUUAUUCGUGAAAAAAGCUAAUAAUCAUUGCUGUUAAAAAAGUCUUCUUCAGAUAUUGAAGACUCCAAAUGCGCUGCUGCAAUUCACUGAUAACGGAAAGAACAAAAUUUAAAAAAGAUUUAUUUAAUGCAAUGUUGAAGUUAUAUAUUAACUGCGCUCUGCAUCUCUCUUUGGUUCUGCUCACAUAUUUACCAGGAAGCAACGAGCUUACCACAUCCUCUCCACCAACCAAUGUAUUAACAUUGACUAACUUUAGUGCACCAUACAAUUCAACAACCAAUGAAACAGUGUGUUCCUCCGGCUGUUUAAAUGGAACUCCAACACAACCUGCACCGAGUCAAAGAGAUUCGCGAGACAAGGAGAUUCUGCUGUUUCAACUUCGUUUGGAAUAUAUAAUGCGAUCUGUUUCUUACAUGUUUGUUUGUGUGUCAGUUAUUGUCCUGAUGACGCUAAGACUUCCAAAAUCGUUAAAGUUUUUCGUUCACAAGCAGCUACUGAUCGCCUAUUUAUUGAGUGACACAAUGGUACUCUUUAUACAUGAUGAUAUUCGGUACAGGAUUAUCAAAUAUAAGGGUAUGUGUAUCAGUAUGGUGAUAAUUUAUCAUUACCUUGCAACAAGUUUUUACGCCUGUAUGUUGGUCGAAGGACUGCACAUAUUUACGAUGCUUCGAUCAGUAUUCAACACAGCUUCAAAGUGGAGAAGCUAUAUACUGUACAGUAUGAUUGGUUGGGGUUUACCUCUUCUCACAACGAGCAUCACGGUGGCGGUGAAAUACACUGAAUAUGCUAAUACACCUAACUGCUAUUCUGUGCAAGACAAAUGGUUAUGGAAAGGACCUAUUGCAGUUAUGUUAGGAUUAAAUGUUUUCUUGUUUAUUUUGAUCAUAUCAAUCGUGGCCAAACAAGUUUUCAGAUCAAGAAAUAGAAAAGGUGGAAUCGACAAGGUUUUGAGCACAUUCCGUAGUAUGGUUAUAAUUAUGCCCCUGCUUGGAAUUACAUUUAUUUUGGGAUUUUUUAUCGAAGUCAAUCCACAUGUAAUGGGAUAUAUCUUUGUCAUUUCCAAUGGAACUCUGGGAUUUUGGUUUUUCGUGUUUCAUGUGGUAUUCGAUCAACAGGUACGCCAAGCAUUUUGUAAAGAAAUCUUAGGAAGAAAGGAGUUUGUCACGACAACAAAGACUUUCAACACACACACAAGUUUGCAGAGUUCGCCAAAGUUUAUGGAUCGAAGUAUUCGUAAAGUAUCCAACGAGAGUGGAGCAUCAGUAACUCCAAAACAUGGUGUUCACAGUAGCACAGUGCACCCAGCGCAACAUUUAAUGGCGGUUGUAAACCCAACAUUUGCUGUAGAGGAGAAAGUGGAUUCGACCACCAUUGACUCUUCUGAACCAUCGAAAGAUAUCGAUAUCGAGGAGCCACCCAAAGACGACACCGAUAUGCUUUAUUCUUAUACAAUAUAAAACUGAAUGAA